AUGUCCAAAACAAUCCGAGGGAUCCCCAACUGUGGCGCACCGGCAGGGUGCUCCACUGUUGUCAUUGUUCCGCAGAAAGAAAGGAGCGCGUCCGGAGAACACCAGGGGAAAAAAAUCACGAUUUUCAGUUCAAAAGAGGCCAGAAAGCAGCGUUUCUUUACAGGCAGUGGGAAAGUGCAGGAAAACCUUUUCCACUUGCAGACGGAAACAAUACUUUCUUUGCUUUUUUUUUACUCCUAUGCAUUCAGCCAUAAAGACACGGGCUGAUAGAAACAGGCCAGAAUAAUGAAUAGAUUAUUUUACUGUGAGGGUGUUAUGGAGCAGGCUGAGCGGCUGCAGAAACACUUCCCCCUGCUUUCAUCCGAUUUGCGCAUACAACCUCAGAUUGUGUCGUGUAGCUGCGCAAAGUAAAAUAACUUCUCCUUUAGACUGAUUUCAGACCAGUGCUGCUCCCAGCUUGUCUUGUUUGCUGUGAUUCAUAAUGUCACUACAAAUGUCACCUGUCUGGCCUAAUUGGCACCCUCUGUUAUUAAUACCCGGAGUGUGGCUCCCUUUUGCACCCGCGGAAAUCAGCCUAUAUUGCGCUACUUAAUACAGCGUCACCCAAAGGGAGAUUCAAUAAAUCUCCCUUUAACGGCGUUUCCCCUCCAAACUCCUUCAGGCGAGUGGAGCCCGUGUCAAGAUUGCGAUUGUGUGCUGUGUUUAGGACCAGCUGCUCCCAGGACAGACAAGCCCUUGUCAAUUAGUCGGUGACAAGCAGGUCCUCAAAGUGCCUGCAGGCGCAGCAGCAGCCAGCAGUGUACAGGCCCCGCAAUUAGUAUCCAUUUCUGUCCAGACCUCCUCAGAGCGCAGACACAGGCCGGGGAAAUGGCCAAACAUUGUCCGAAUAACACCGAGAGACACACAUGACGACGCGUAA